GUGGCCCACGCCGUGGUGGUGGCCGUCGGCAUCCUGAGCCAGCAAGGCAGUGCGUGGGAUACCACUCUGGCGUCAGGCCGGUGUGCUUUGCUGGUGAGCUUGAUGUUCGCCGUUAUUCUGGUCAACUUCUACACGUCAAGGAUCGUCGGCACACUGCUGUCGCCCGUCCCCCGCACCAUCCACACUGUGGAAGACCUGAUCCGCAGCCCUCUCCAAGCGGGCCUCAUAGACAAUGCCGUCUUUCGUAACACAAUCCCGGACUUCAAAGACAAGUGGGCGACAGCCGUGUACGAAGCCAAGAUCCUCCACUCGUGGCCCAACAGGACGACAGGCGGCUUCUUCUCCGUGGCGGAGGGCGUGGCGCGCGUGCAGCAGGGAGGGUUCGCCUUCGCCACCGCGGAGGCUCUCGCCUUGUACCAGGCAAUCGAGAGGACGUUUCGAGACGAGGAGAAAUGCAGCCUCGCCGAAGUGGACGUUCUCCCGCCGGCCUUCAACGCGCCGCUAGUGCGCAAGAAAUCGCCGUUCAAAGAGCACGUCAACUACGGUCUACUUCUGAUGUACGAGCGAGGCCUGGUCAAGAGGUCAAGGCUGCGGUGGUCCAUGCCGAAGCCCUACUGCGAGUCGGAGACGAAUGCCGUGGCGGCGGUGGGCCUGGACCCCAUCUUCCCCGCGCACGGAAUCCUGCUCCUGGGCAUCGUCACCUCUUCGUUGUUCCUGGUCUUGGAGCGCUGCAGUGUAGGGGCGUGGCCCAGACCCUGCAAACGAGGAGGCGGCCCAGUUCGCGUACGCCUGGCAAGUCUGGAGGACAAGCCGCGCUCUGAACCUUCCGCAUGCCGUAUGACUCAACUUAGAAGAAGUACGAUUGGAAAUUUAAGUACCCACUCAACAAAACAUAGUCCGGUCCUGGGCGAGUCCACAGUGGUCCCAGGGCCCUCUGAAAAUGUGUCGUCCUUUAAUGACAAAAUCAUUGAUGAUACUUUCAUCACUUUCUAAUGAUGACAAUCUCAUCACAAAUUUGUGACAUUUUCAUCAAACAAAUGGUUUUUAUUUCGUGCAUUUCAGAUCAUGAGGAAUCACGUUUGUUUGAAUGUGACAAUGCGGGCAUGUCACAUUAAGACGAACGUUCAGUACAAGGUUCGUCACGUUUGGAUGUGACACGACCCAUGCCAAAGUGUACCAUCUAUCACAUUCGUUUCAAUGUGACAGUUCGCGUCCUGAUUUCGUUUCUUACCUGAAGUAAUGUGACAAAGAGGUGCUGCGAACUAUUUUCGCAGGUUGCGAAGGAAAAAGU